GGAAUCAGUUGAAUUCGAGUGGCAAAAGUGACAAGAUGUGGAAAAAUAUUUUCAUAAUUUGUGUAUGCGUUCUAAGCUUGUCUCAAGCGGCUGUCUAUACAGAGAGAUAUUUCAAAGAUCCAGCACAUCCAGGAAAAUGUGUAGUCAAAGAUAAGGUACUCACACCUGGUCAAAGUAUAAAGCACCCCGUAAUGGCAUGCGCACAAUUUACCUGUGAUAACUCACAAGGCAUGGCCACUAUUGAAACUUGUGAUCCGGUUAGCUCUCUGCCCUCCCCGCUUUCAUUGAUUAAAUACGAUCCCAAAGAUAAGCCAACUUGCAGUUGGGGCGAUUUCAUUAACACCAAUGCACCAUAUCCGGAUUGCUGCAAGCGACACUUCAGUUGCGUACUGUAGAAAAUGCAAAAGCGCUACAACUUCACUAAAUAAAAUAAGGAUUUCUCAAAUAUUGAGGCUUCAAGCAAAUUAAAAGAUUGUGUUAACAUUAUAAAUGUAUUGAGAUGUAUAAGGUGGGUCAAAAUUAGACAUCCUUGCUCUUGAGCCCUUUUUACUAACUAAAAAAAUGAUUUUUAGU